GCCAAGCCUCUGAAGCCCCCUAUCAGGCCAGCAUUCACGAAUUAGUGGUGGAAGACGUUUCAAAGAGAGUUGUCAGAAUUGACAACCAGUAAAUUUAACCCAUCUUUAAUCACGUAAAGGAGAUAAAGAGAAACAACGUUAAAGAAAAGGGGAACGUAGAACAUAAAUUACAUUGGAUAAUCACCUCCAAAGACGUAAAACCACUUGGUCCGCAAGAUAGGUCAACAGUAGUUUAGAAUAAAACUCGAUAGUAACUCGUUCCAAAACUGAGACAUGGACGACGAUGACCAAUAUCAGGCAGGUUACGACGUUGGUUCUUUCCCAAAAGACUUUGGCUACACGCCCUUCGAUGGCGAGGGUGAAGGUCCCGCUGGGCCCUUAGUAGGAGAACAAAAACCUAGAAUUUUAUUAAUGGGUCUCAGACGGAGUGGCAAAUCGUCCAUACAGAAGGUUGUUUUCCACAAGAUGUCUCCAAAUGAAACACUCUUUUUGGAAAGCACAAAUAAAAUAAUAAAGGAUGACAUAAGUAACUCCAGCUUUGUCCAGUUCCAAAUAUGGGAUUUCCCAGGUCAGAUAGACUUCUUCGAUCCCACCUUUGACAGUGAAAUGAUAUUUGGAGGGUGCGGAGCUCUAGUGUUUGUAAUCGAUGCUCAAGAUGACUACAUGGAAGCUCUGAAUAAACUUCACCUUACAGUCACAAAAGCAUAUAAAGUAAAUCAGGCUAUAAAGUUUGAGGUUUUUAUACACAAAGUUGAUGGACUAUCGGAUGAUCACAAGAUGGAAACCCAAAGGGAUAUUCACACCAGGGCUAAUGACGAUCUUGCCGAUUCUGGGUUUGACCAGAUCCACCUCAGUUUUCACCUAACAUCCAUAUAUGAUCACAGCAUAUUCGAGGCAUUUAGUAAGGUCGUUCAGAAAUUGAUUCCACAAUUGCCAACACUUGAGAAUCUUCUGAAUAUACUCAUAUCGAACUCUGCGAUAGAAAAAGCCUUUCUUUUUGAUGUUGUCUCCAAAAUCUAUAUAGCAACUGAUAGUUCUCCAGUGGACAUGCAGAGUUACGAACUUUGUUGUGACAUGAUAGACGUUGUUAUUGACGUUUCCUGUAUUUAUGGCCUUCGAGAGGAUCUGGAAGCUGCGGCAUUUGACAAUCAAAGUUCGAGCCUGAUAAAAUUGAACAAUGGAAAUAUAUUAUAUUUAAGAGAGGUCAACAAAUUCCUUGCCCUAGUUUGCAUACUACGAGAAGAUAACUUUGAUAGGCAAGGCGUGAUUGACUACAAUUUUUUGUGCUUUCGGAAAGCUAUACAGCAAGUUUUUGAACUCAGAAAUAAAGCGCUGGCUGCUGCGAGCUUGAACAAUCAUUCAUUGUCACCCAUGGGUGUUACAGAGUCCUCGAGCAACGUACCGGUUUCACAGACAAAUAGCUCAAUGGCACAAAACGGAGUGGCUACUUUAACUCAAAGCUAACCGGUCAGAUGAAUUUAUACCCAAUGAAAGUGUACAAACUACUAUGAACACGAAUGCGUCUUUUUAAGCUAUAUUGAUAUUUUUUUUAUCACAUCUAUUAUGUUACAUUCAAUAUUUCACAGUGUAGAACCGGCCAGAGUUUAUUAUUAUAAUAUUUAUUCGUCACAAGUUACGUGAUAGCAGAUCUAAAAAUUAGAAUACUUGAAUGAGUAGCUAAUUUUUAGUCUAUUGGCAGAAUAUUUUAGUCAAAUCUGCUGACUCUUAAGUCCGCAUUAGAGGUAUCCCAGCAAAAAGUAAAUUCGGAUAUUUUUUUUGGAACUAAAAUUUCAGACACGACGUGCAGUAAUCUGCUCGUUGGCUAGGUCAUCGUAUAUUUAAGUUGGAAUCACUCUCUUGUGUUCAUAUUUUAUUCCUAUAGAUUAUAUUGUCUCUAUAUUUUUUUAUAAUCCAUUAUUUUCGAUUUCGAAUUGACUUGAAUGAAGAAUAAUGAAAAAUGGGGGAAAAACUUAGUACUCAGUCUGUAGAAAGUAGAAACCAAACAAAAGUAGGUUUUUUUUUUAUUAUACUAUUUUCCAGUAAGCAGGGAAUCACUUUGAUUUUUUUUCUUGUUUCUUUUCAUCGCUCAGUUCUAGAAAAGUUAACUCCAACAACGGACUCGUAGGGAAUCAUUGACAUGGAAUAGGAAAUGCAAUAUUGAUGCUUUAUGUGUUUAUGUACUUUGAUCUACUGCAUUAACAAUUUACCAUCAAGAAUAAGUAUCAAGAGUGAAAAACCACGCAUUCGAAAUUACUUUGAUAAUCUGGAAAUAAAAAUGAAGCAAUUAAGUUAGAACAUUUGUGAGUGGUGAUUUCAUACUCAGCUGUCAUAUUGAUUGCAUAAUGUGUUAAUGCAUAUUAAACAUACCACAAAAAAAACCAUAAAA